GCUUACUCAGAGAAUUAGCUGUAGAGGACGUGGAUUCAUACAGAAACCACCUAAGAAUGACACCACAAAGGUUUGAUGAACUUUUGACUUUGGUUGAAAAGAAGAUUAAAAAAAAGGAUACAAUGUUCAGGCUAGCAAUACCGGCAAAAACUAAACUUGAAAUAACCUUAAGGUAUUUAGCUACUGGUGACAGUUUCGCUUCUUUGCAGUAUCUAUACAGAGUGCCAAAAAGUUCAAUCAGCAAAUUCCUACCUGAAGUUUUGGCAGCGGUUUACGAAGUACUCGAAGAAUAUAUUAAGGUGCCAAGUACAAAGGAAGAGUGGGAAUUGGUGCAACGCAAAUUUGAAGUGCAGUGGAACUUUCCCAAUUGCAUAGGAGCCAUUGAUGGGAAACAUGUCCAAAUAAAGUGCCCUGCUGAGAGCGGUUCGAAUUACUACAAUUACAAGGGUACAUUCAGCAUCAUACUGUUCGCAUUAGUUGAUGCCGAAUACAAUUUCUUAUACAUAGAUGUCGGUGCUAAUGGAAAGUCAAAUGAUGGUGCAGUUUUUCAAGCAUCAACAUUGAACAUUGCAAUGGAACGUAACACCCUAAAUUUACCACAGAAUGCCGUUAUUGUUGCAGAUGAUGCGUUUCCUCUAAGAAAGGACAUACUGAAACCUUUCAGCAAACGCAACUUAACAAUUUCAGAAAGAAUAUUCAAUUAUCGACUUUCUAGAGCUCGUAGAGUUUCGGAAAAUGCUUUCGGCAUUUUAGUUGCUAGAUUUAGAGUAUUCGAACGGCCUAUUGCAUUGAUUCCUGAAACUGUAGAUUUGGUUGUCAAAACUUGUUGUGCACUUCACAACUGGCUACGCAAAUCAUCAGGGAAAUAUUACCUUCAUCUGUAG